GAAAAAUUUAUUUUCCGGACCGUCACGUUUCUGCCCGGCGGAGAUACUUCUCGUUUUUUGAUUUGAGAGUGUCUUUGAUUAAUUGAAAACUCAAAAUGACCGAUUCCAAAUUACCACCACCCCCUGUAAUGUGGGCUCAAAGGUCUCCCAUGGUAUUCCUAACUGUUAACUUAGAAGAUGUGAAAAAUCCUGAUAUCAAAUUUACAAAAAACACAGUAUAUUUCCAUGGAACCGGCGGCGUUGACAAAAAGGAAUACGAAGUCACAAUCCCCCUGAACAAAGAAAUCGACCCUGAAAAAAGUCGAAGCUUCAACAGGGGAAGGUGUAUUGAAAUCCUGUUAGCCAAAGCUAAUCCAGAAGAACCUUACUGGCCUGCACUGACCUCGGACAAAAAGAAACAUCAUUGGUUGAAGUGCGACUUCAAUAAAUGGCAUGAUGAAGACGAUUCUGGAGACGAAGGUUUAGGCGGCAUGGGCGGAGGUGGAGAUUUUGAGGAAAUGAUGAGGCAAAUGGGUGGUCUGGGCGGUGCUGGAGGUGGUAAACCCAGUUUCGAUGAUCUAGAUGAAGGAGGGGAUUCAGACGACGAACCCAUCCCUGAUUUAGAGUAAUUUUUCAAUUAUUUUAGGAAGCUUUUCUAAAUUUUUUUUUUAAUUUAACCUAAGUUAUUGUUGUAAUUUUUCUCCUGGUAGUGGAUUGAAGUUGUUUUUGAAGAAACUUAAAAUUGUAUAUACUGAUCGCAUUAGUGUUGUAUCUUCAAUAAUUAUUCUAAUCUUAGCAAAAAAAAAAAUUGUGUUUUUGAGUGAUUGCGCUGAUAAUUGAACAGUUACAAAUCUCCGAUAACUGCACUGGUAUGUGAGGUUUUUAGUUACACCGGUUGGUUGAAUAUUGUACGAUACAAUAAUUGCGUGUAUAUUAUUGUAAGUUUUGAACCAAAUUUGUAAGUAAAAUGAUACUAAAAGAAAUGAGUUUUG